GCGACUUCCCCUCGUUCCCUCUCUACUCCUCCGCGCCGCUAACCUCUGCCCUCUGACUUCCGUCUUCCUCUUUCUCACCCGCCAUUGUGGUGACAGGGUCGCUGCGGUUCACUAUGUCGUCCCACAAGACCUUCAGAAUUAAGAGGUUUCUUGCCAAGAAGCAGAAACAGAACAGACCAAUCCCACAGUGGAUCAGAAUGAAGACUGGUAAUAAGAUCAGGUACAACUCCAAGAGGAGACACUGGAGAAGGACCAAGCUCGGCCUGUAAAGAAGCUGCAGAUGGCAGACCAGCCAGCUCUCUGUGGGGGUUCCUUGUGAAGACCUGAUCAAUAUCUUAUUAUACAGUUAUAAUUUUGUUGUAUCUGCUAUUUGCAUUGGAAGUAAAUGACAACGUACCAUCA